AUGGCAAGACAAGAUGAAACGGACUGCAAAAAAUUGGAUAGCAAUUCGGCCUUUUUACCUUUAUGCAUAACAUCUUAUAGAUCAAAAGAUGAGGCUGAGAAGCUGGUAAGUUGUCUUCAUCACGAAGGAAGUUACUUUUUAUGUUUUAGCUAUGGAUUGUAUACCGGAACGUCCAACGAAUUGAAAGCGAAGGUUGAGUUCGCUUUAGAUGGACCGUUCGUUGUUAACUACGCAACUGUACCGAUGUUCAUGUCAGCUUCCUUCUGUCACCUGCUAAUGUUUAACGACGGUUCCAUUAAGGGAUUCAAAUGCGAAAAUAACAAAUUUGAAAUUAUCUACGACUCUAAUGUGGCUCCGAAACUGGAUACUAUUUCUUUAUUAACUUCCAGCUGGUUAAAUGCUUCCUUUGAGGGUGUUUUAUACACUUGCAAUAAAAACAUAUCAUAUGAUAGUGAUUUGCAUACGUUAUGUACGACAAUUUACUCCUUUGACUUCAGAGAAGGAAUAGUCGAAAGAUUUUAUGCCACCGAUGGCGAAGAAAUUAUCUCCUUUGAUUUUAUUAGCAGGGAGGAUUUGCUUGACGACGCCACAUGCACAGGUAAAUCACACGUUUAUUUUCUUUGCCUACUUAAGAGUUGCUAUAGUGAAAACCUGUUUUUAAAGGAAUACAAUCUUGCUGGAAAGCAUGGAAGUAGGAAAUUUGAUUUAAACGAGUACCGCCAAUACAAUCUUUUGCCGAUAUGUGAUAAUGAAUUUUGUUAUAUGAAGGUAGUUUGCGGCCAUACCAUUGUAGUGUUGACUACUAACUACACUCAAAUAAUAAAUAUAAAAGCAAGUGGGCUUACAAACGGGGCUUUUUUCAAUAAUAAAGGUCUCCCAAAUGUAGAAAACUACCAAUUUCUAAAAGAUUCUUAUGAUGUGAUAUAUGAAAGAUCAGUCAUUCUCUUGACAAUUUCUGACGUGUAUGCUAACAAAUACACUGCCAAGAUACACACUAGGUCGUUACAUAGAGACCACGUCCUGAAAGAACUACAAUGGACAAAAGAAAGAGUGUUCAAGCCUCCUAAACAUGAUCUAUGCGAUGUUAUUUUGCAGCUCCCACGUGAAAAGUAUAUAGCGGUGACAAGAAUAAAUGGAGUAAAUUUUAUAUCGAAAGAUCAUCGAGGUUCAAAAUUAGAAAAGGUGAAAAGCGGUCCCGCUUAUACAAACAAAGUUUACCUGGCAUCACAAGUUAUUGGAAACAAGGGGACAGAUAUUGAUUCACUGCUUUUGGGUGGAAGUUUUAACUCAAGAAGAGGAUUUUUAGAAAAGAAAAUUUUGGUAUAUGACAAAACCCUGUUCAAGUUAGUGACUUCCUCCAAAGCGCUAGUAGAGAAUGUAACUGAUUUUUGGGUUACAGAUUUAGCACUUAAUGGUGGUGACGAAUUUGCAUAUGAAUCAGGUGGGUUGAUUUAUAAGAACGGAAUAUUUUUAAUGGAUGAGCCUUAUGAUUACGGUCUAUUUGUUUCUAGGACGGGAAAAGUUUUGAAAGCCGGUAUGGAUGGUUCUACCGGAGAAUUUAGGCAGGUCGAUUUCUUGCAGUCGAACCACAACUCUUCCACCAUGUUUUGUUAUCCCGUACAGAACUCCAAGCUCAGGAUUUCGAUACUUGAGGCAAAAUCUGGUUUUCUACGUAAAAAAGAAGAAUUUUUUAUCCAUGGGCUCAAUUCUAAAGAGAGUAUUGUGAGCUGUUUCUCAGAUGGUGCCGAGAAAUACCUUUUUGUCAUUUACUUGGACGGUGUGUUUUCGGUAUGGAAUGCCAAUCAAAAGAAAGUGGCUACAUCACAUCCAGACUAUUCUUUCAUAGCCUAUGAUCAAUUGAUAAAAAUAUCUUGGCUAAGCAAAAAGCAUAAACACGACUCGAUUUAUGUCAUCGCAUCAUCAUACACUGGCUGCGUAAGAGUCUACAAAUCAGAAUCAAAUUUUUUGAGAGUGGAUUUAGAGAUUCAUUCGUUAUACGAUCAGAAAUUAGAACUGUUGGAUACGAUUCCUUCCUUACCUUUGGUUUUCCUUUACAACGAUAAGGAAAUAAUUUUGUUAAAUCUUCAAAACAUGUCUUAUGGUUGCAUACAGUUAGGCUUAGUUCCAAGACGAAUGAGAAUUCGACCCGGUAAAGCACUGUUCUCUCUUUGUGUUUUAGAUUAUGAUUCUCGAAUAAGCAUCUUUGAGUUUGGUAGCACGUUUUACCGUGAAGGUUUCACUAAGCAGAUGACUUCAUUAAAACCUCAAUUAGAAAAUCAUAUCUUUUACCUCCCUAGCAUUCCCGUAGAGCUCUAUACUGUUCCAAAUAACCUCAAUCAGGCCGUGGUGUGUUUGGUCGAUAGCAAUAGUAGGCAGUAUAAGUUGAUGCUAUUCAAUUAUGCUUCAAUGAAGGCAGUUUCCACAUUCAGUUUCUCGGAUGAAAAGUAUUUACAUGCCGUUGUGAAGCCACUGUGGCCAGAACAAAACUCAAUCUACUUAUCACAGAGACCCUUUUAUGGUAAUAAGUUUGUUGUAUGCUUAGGAGUUGGUGAAAAACGUACAAAAUUCUGGCUGUUUGAAAUUAGAAACAAUAACAUUACCCAAUUGUACGCGAAUUAUCUCGAAGAUUGUAUAUUCUCGGUGUUCAUAUACUAUGAGUGCAACUUGGUUUUAUUUUCUGGUGAUAGUGGCAUAGCAGCAUAUAAAAUAAACAUGCUAAAAGAGGGCGCGGAAAUUUUAGAGGCCUAUUCCUUCCCAGCACUUUCAUCGAUUAACCAUAUAGGUCUUCCAGCUUAUAUGAGUGGUGAUUAUCUGGUUCAAUUUGAGAUCUUGAGAGAUUUUUUGAGAACCCGCUUUCCAAUUAGGACGUCCAUAGUAUAUCCAUCAGAGUACCCUGAAUGUCCCUACUUGGGUUUUAAGCGGUUGGGAAGCAUUACACAAGUGGCGACUAAAAUAAUUCCUAAGAAGCUAAGAGAACCUAAAAACGAUUGUUUAGCGAGUGAUAAGAACUAUCUAUUAGGUCGAUUAUCAGACCUUUCUUGUGCAACGUUGAAAUAUUCCAAUAGAUCUUAUGUUGCCACCAUUGGUAUUGAUAAUACCUUGACAAUAUACGAAGAUUCUAAAUUAUCAGUUGAUAAGGGCGGGUUGGCUAUGCCAUACCUCAAAAUUCGGUUACCUAAUAAGAUAAUCUCACUGGCGGCCAUCCCAGAUGGAUUUCAAAACCUUCAAAUAUGUCCAAAUUUCAAUAGUCAAAGGUUGGAAGGCGUCAUACCUCUAUUUUUACUUUGCGGUACUGAGGGCCAAAUUUAUAUAAUAUCGGAAUUCAUUGGUGAGCUGUGGAUGAGAACGUUGCAUGAUUACAAAAAGAUCAAGCUCGAAUGUAAAAGAGCUUUUCGAAGGUCUGAGAAAAGCAUGCGAAAUGUUACUAAACAAUAUUCCGUGAGUAAAGAGACUGGAAUAAAUGAAAGCGGCUUUGAUGAGCUAGCUAGAAAUUCAAAGAGAAGACAUAUAGAUCAUUCACCAUACAAGACCAUAGAUUUUUUCGAUCCUGUAAAACUAAAAAGGUGA